AUGGCGCGGAAAGAGGUUGCGCAGGUGGCACGGGCCGUCGCGAUUUGCCAGAGCAGACUCGGCGUGACGAUGCGCAACAAGAAGAGCACCAGCACGAGCGAACGCGAGGCUUACACGGUGGGCUUUCGCGAGCUGGAAAACACGAUGAUUAGACUCAGUGGCGUGGGCACGGUGCUGCAGAAGCAGAUCGCCGCCGACAUGCAGAGCGGGAAGCUAACCGUCACGGCCGUCGGAUCAAUGUCCGAUCGAACGGUGGAUCUGUUCCCUGACUAUGGCGCGGACCUGAUGCGGCAGCUGCCCGGGAGCGUGACGACGCUCACGUUCAACGGCACGCUGGGGGCGCGAAUUCACUCGGCGUUCACGUACCCGUCGGGCGUGUUCACGGCGAAGCUCAUGUGCGCCAAGGGCGACACGCGCGGACUCGACACUACAUUCUACUUAUCCUCGAUAGAAGGCGGCCCUGGAACGGACUCGAUACUGAUGAGCAUAUUUGGAAACGACCGCACGCGCGUGCGGUGCAUGACGCUGGUGGACGGCGAGACGGGGCUGACGCACGAGGUGGAGGUGGGGAACGACUGCGCCGCUGGUUACCACACCAUCAGCAUCAUGUGGUCGGGCCGCCUCAUUGUCUGGAAGUACGACGAUUUGAUCCUGCGCGUGUCGUCGCGCAACAUGCUGUCGCCCUUCCCCGUGUCCACCACCAUGUACCUCUACGCGUCCAUCUACGACACCGCCAAAUACUCGUACGCCUGGCAGGCCGGCUACCUCACCAACGCCGACGCGCCCUACGUAGUCUCUUAUAAAGACACCUCCGCCGUUGUCCCCGCGCCGUCAUACAACUUCGGCCUUCCGCUAGACCUGGCGAACGGCGCCUCGGUUCCCGGGUCGGCAAUUGGGCGCGGGCCGCUGUGGCCCGUUGCGAUAGACUACUGCUCGGACCACGUGGUGACUCUAAAGGGGUAUCAGAGUAUCACGUUCGACGACAAGGGGUGCGGCGGGCGGUUCCAUUCGACGGUGCGGCACUACUCGGGGGUGUUCACGGCGUUCGUGCAGUGCCCCGCGGGGAACACGUCUGGCCUCGUAUCGGCGUUCUACCUCUCAUCGGAGGAGGGCAACAAGGAGCAGGACGAGAUCGACUUCGAGUGGCUGGGCAAGGACAAGACCGCCGUGCAGACCAACUUCUACGUCAAUGGCAAGGGCGGCCGCGAGGUGCUCGUGCCACUUGGCUUUGACUGCUCCAAGGGGUUCCACAACUACACGCUCCUGUGGACCACCGACCGCCUGCAGUGGUUCAUUGACAACAAGAUGGUGCGCGAUGUGCAGCGCGCGCAGGCGGACGCGUGGCCUGUGAAGCCCAUGUUCACGUACGCGUCCAUGUGGAACGCGUCGAGCAUCUCGAAUGGCUGGUGGAGCGGCACGUGGAGCGGCAAGGACAUCCCUUACGUGAUGAAGUUUAAAGACAUCAAAAUUGGAAACGCGUGA